AUGAGAUGAGGAGGAAUGAACUGAGAACUAAGGCUGUGAACACUCUCAUUUCGCAUUCAUCUGAGCACUUAUUUCUAACAACUUACAAUCUUUUCUGGAAAACAAUGUUAGUCAUCUUGGCAUUUUUAAUAAUUCACCUGAACUCAGUCAACUGUGAAGGUGCUAUAGAACUUCACACUUACAAGAAACAGAUGAUAAAUUGCAAUGAGAAGACUGUCUUACAAUGCAACAUCAGCUCAUCAAGAAAUUUUGACAUUAUCUAUACCCACUGGAAAAAAGAUAAAGACAAUUUUGAAUGUUAUCCAAGAUCCAGCGAAGGUCCUUCAGGAUUUGAGUGCAACUACACAAAGGAAAUAUUAACAUUAACUAUUUUACGGCCUACACCAGCAAACAUGGGCACUUAUUUUUGUAAUCUUCGAACCAACACGGGACAUGAUUCAGAGAAUAUCAACGUAUUCAUUGGAGGAGAAUGCAUUGGAGAAUUCUCCCACCAGAUGGUUGGGUCCAAUCAGAUGCAGUGUUCUUUUAAUGGCAUUUACCCAGAUGGCAUAAUAAACUGGUUUCAAAAUGAUAAGAACUUGACUUCCUACUCUAACAUCACAAGACACCAGACUAACUCUGAUGGAACGUUCAGCAUCACAAGUAUUCUAAACAUCCAAGACAAACAAGAGAGAUAUAAUUGCUCCCUGUGGUCACUAAAAAAUGGACAAUACCUUAAAAUUCAACAGUUUGAAGUGCCAGAUGUGAUUUCCAGUCCAAUUAGCAGGAUGAGCAGACUGAAUUGCUUACAUUGGCUACUUCUCCCCUUUGGCCUGAUCCUUUCAUUGAGAACCUAUUUGUUUCUAUAGUCCUAAUAAGUGACACCCAAAACAUGUAAAAUCUGUUGGGGUUAAAAGGAAUAGUUCACCCAAAAAUUUAUAUUUCUGUCAAAAUGUAAUUUUAUUUCCCAAACCCAUAUGACUUUUUUUCUCAAGCUACACUUCACGCUUCAUUCAUAUCCACUAGAACACCAGGAGGCCGGAGACGCAAACUCAAGCAAAGACAUUUUGCAUUUCACUGUCACUUAUUACUAAUAAAUAUCAAUAAUAAUAAUACAAUGUUUACUUUAUCACUUUUAGUCAAUGUUCAAUGUGCAUUGAUUCAAAGUAUUUUCAUAUUACCUAUAUUCUACUACUGAUAUGACUACUGAGGUAUCCAAAAACAUUUUACACUAUGGUCCUAAUAAAGUGCCCGACGUGGUCUUCUGCUGUUGUAGCCCAUCCGCCUUGAGGUUCGACAUGUUGUGCAUUCUGAGAUGCUAUUCUGCUCACUACAAUUGUACAGAGUGGUUAUCUUAGUUACUGUAACCUUUCUGUCGGCUCAAACCAGUCUGGCCAUUCUCUGUUGACCUCUCUCAUCAACAAGAAUUUUCUGUCUGCAGAACUGCCACUCACUGGAUGUUUUUUGUUUUUGGCAUCAUUCUGAGUAAACACUAAAGACUGUUGUGCGUGAAAAUCCCAGGAAAUCAGCAGUUACAGAAAUACUCAAACCAGCCUGUCUGGCACCAACAAUCAUGCCACAGUCAAAAUCACUGAGAUCACAUUUUUCCCCAUUCUGAUGGUUGAUGUGAACAUUAACUGAAGCUCCUGACCCGGAUCUGCAUGAUUUUAUGCAUUGCAUUUCUGCCACACGAUUGACUGAUUAGAUAAUUGCAUGACUAAUAAGUAGGUGUGUGUGUGUGUGUGUGUGUGUGUGUGUGUGUAAGAAAGAUAUUUCUAUGAAUGCUUUUUUUUAUGUUCUACAUCUUUUUAAUGAGCAAUUAAAUUGCAAUAACACUGUCAAAUGAAAAUACACUGUAUGUUACUAUAUACAUUACAAAAAGGCUUUGGUUGUGAAUUUGUUAAGUUUUGUUAAUUGUAAAGCCAUUUUCAAAAAGUAUUCAUGGUAUAACUUACAUUUACUUUCAUUUAAUUGAAUGUAUGUUAGCAAAGUCAUAACUCAUGCCAACUGAAUGUGAUACAGGUUUUACAUUUCUAAUAAAGUUGAUCCUUUUGUGCAAA